CUCCUGACCGGAUUCCGUGACGAGGGACGCCGGUCGGAGCGGAGCAGGAGCAGCGGCACCGAACUGACAACCUCAUCCCCGGGGGAGAGAAGCAGCGAGGCGGCCUGAGGAGGAUGUGAAGAUGGGGUUAGUUUUCGGUCUCCUGUGGCUGUUUACCGGCUUCCUGCAGGGCGUGCGCGGACAAGGCGUGUACGCGCCCCCUACGGUGCGGAUCGUGCACUCGGGUCAGGCCUGUAACGUGGAGGAGGAACGUUACAGCGAGAGAGUGUACACCAUCAGAGAGGGAGAGACCCUGGAGCUGCAGUGUCUGGUGACGGGACACCCCCGACCACAGAUUCGCUGGACUAAGACGGCGGGCGGAGCCUCAGACCGUCAGGGCGAAUCCUCUUGGCACAACGAGACUCUGAGGAUAGAAACCGUCAGCCGCCAUCAGGGGGGGCGCUACUACUGCAAGGCUGAGAAUGGACUGGGGUCACCGGCCAUCCGCUCCAUGCGAGUCGACGUUUACUACCUGGACGACCCAGUGAUAACGGUACAUCAGAGUGUUGGUGAGGCGAAGGAGCAGUUCUACUUUGAGAGGACGGUGUUUCUUCGCUGCGUUGCCAAUUCCAACCCACCUGUCCACUACACCUGGAGGAGAGGCAGGGAGGUGCUGACGCAGGGCUCCGAUUCUGGGGUGGAGAUCUACGAACCGUUUUUCACACAGGGUGAGACAAAGAUCCUGAAGUUGAAAAAUCUUCGUCCUCAGGAUUACGCCGACUACACCUGCAUCUCCUCGGUCAGGAACGUGUGUAGCAUCGCAGACAAGAGCGCCCACUUCAGUCUGAACAACAGGACAGCUCCUCCCUCCAUUAAACUGCUCCUGGACGACCCCCUGGUGGUGAAUCCGGGGGAGACGGUCACUCUGGUGUGUGUGGCGUCAGGCGGAGACCCUCCCCCUACCCUGACAUGGGUGAGGCCAGGAGGGGAGGAGCUCCCGAAGAGGAGCAUCGUCAGCGGUGGCACCCUGACCUUCCCCGUCGUGACUGUGGAUGAUGGCGGCGUUUACAGCUGUGUAGCAUCCAACAACGUGGGAAACCCUGCCAAGAAAUCCACGACCAUACUGGUCAGAGGCCUUCGCAAAGGUCGGUUCUGGAUCACGCCCGACCCGUACCACAAUGACGACAACAUCCAGAUCGGCCGGGAGGUGAAGAUCAGCUGCCAGGUGGAGGCCACGCCGCCGGAGGAGCUGCAGUUCAACUGGCUGAAGAACGGCCGGCCGCUGCGUAGCUCCGAGCGGAUGGUCAUCACCCACACCGACACCGACGUCUCACCGGGAACCACAAACCUUGACAUCAUCGACCUCAAGUUCACCGACUUCGGCACCUACACCUGCGUGGCGUCGCUGAGGAAUGGAGGAAUCCCUGAGAUCAGCAUUGACGUCAACAUUUCAUCCACUACAGUUCCUCCGGAGCUGACCGUCCCCAGGGGGCGCUCUCACCUCAUCGCUCAGGAGGGCGACACAGUGGACCUGCAGUGUCUGGUCUCAGGGAAACCCAAACCCAUCAUCCUGUGGUCUCGAGUGGAGGAGAGCGGGGCGGCGGCGGCGGCAGCGGCGGCGGCGGCUCUGAUGCCGGACGGCUCGGCUCAGACGGAGAGCUACGACGGCGUCCUGAGGAUCAACAACGUGACGAGAGAGAUGAGUGGGACGUACCGCUGCCAGACGAGUCAGUACAACGGCUUCAACGUGAAACCGCGAGAGGCUCUGAUCCAGCUGGUGGUGCAGUUCCCUCCCACCGUGGAGCCAGUGUAUACUGAGAUCCGUCAGGCUCUUGGCCGAGCGUUCAGCCUCACCUGCCGCCUGCUGCGAGCUCACCCGGCUCGCCUCCUGCGAUACGAGUGGAAGCUGGGCUCCCGCCUCCUCACUGUCGGACAGUUCAGCGACCAGAAAGACGACACCAGCUACCACGUACGAGCUCUCAACCGAGAGGGCUACGGCGAGUACACCUGUGACAUCACCAACGAGGCCGGGGCGGGGCGCUGCACCUUCCUGGUCACAGGAAAGGCCUACCCUCCAGAGUUUUACUACGACACCUACAGCGCUCUGUGGCAGAACCGACCCCGAGUGUACGGCUUCAAGCUGCAGUGGACUCAGAUGGAGCCCAAUGCUGUGGACCGGAUCCUGGCCUACAGACUUGGCAUCAGACAGAUGGGUCAGUCUCGCUGGUGGGAGCAGGAGAUUCCCAUGGAGGGAACCAUCCAGAAGGGGGAGCUGUUGACCUACAACCUGACAGAGCUCAUCAAACCUGAGUCCUACCUGGUCCGCCUCACACCCAUCACCCGCUACGGGGAGGGAGACGCCACCGAACGCAUCAUCACGUACAGUGCUCCUGUUAACCCACAUCUGAGUUUCUACAUGUACAUCGAGACAUCGAGGCCGAGGCUGGAAGGAGAUAAAGCUCGUCUGCUGUCUCCAACCUUCAACAUGAACUCCAAGACCUCCUCCUCCUCCUCUGCCGUCAGCAACAACCCCACCUACUGCUUCGCUUUCUUCUAUCACAUGUACGGGAAACACAUAGGAGCUCUGAAUGUCUUCCUGCGUCAGAAAGGUCAGAUGGUGACGGACACCUCAGUCUGGAGUCUGACCGGUAACCAAGGAGACCGUUGGAGACAAGCCAAGGUCAACAUCCACCCAACCACAGCCUUCCAGGUGGUGAUGGAAGGAGUCCGAGGCGCCGGCAUCGAGGGAGAUAUCGCCAUCGAUGAUGUAACAAUCGAGGAGGGUGAAUGUAAAGACCCUCCACCCAACAAUCUAAGGUCUCUUGCCCCGCCCUCUUCGUCCCAUAUAUGGCAGCUGUGCAUCACACUGAGCCUGGUUCUAAUUGGCCAGCAUAGGUGACAGGCCCCCCACCCACCCCCUAUGUGACGCCAUGACCCCAGACAUUUAAAGCUUCGAGCUGUCACCAGGGAAAAAUCCACCAAUCAGAGGGCAGCAGCAACACCUCCCAGUUUGAGAUUCUCAGAUUUAAAAACAAAGUUCUGAGCCUUUAUAUCUUUAAACAGUCACAUUAAACAGAUAAGAUCAUUCUGUCUUCGUAAGCUACUUGAUGUUUUUAUCUGUUUGUUUUCACAGCUGAGCAGCUCACUGACCACCUGUCGUCCUCUGAUUGGUGACUUGGAGACUUGGUGGAGUGUUUAACAGGAAAUAACAGCUUGAAUGUGAACUGUCCUGAGUGAACUUCCCCCUUCUUCCCCUCCAUCACCUCUCAUAAACCCUCUUACCCUCCCCCCUCUGAACUCCCUCUCCACACAGAUCAACAGUACUGUACCAUGGGGGAAGGUAACUUAAUACUGCGGGCCGAUCCACAGAGCAGUGUUUAAAAAAAAAAAAAAAUUUUGACAUCAGUCUGUCUGUCUGCGGUGGACCAAGGGAAUUUUACCCUCUGCCAUGAUAUCAAGUGCCUUCAGACUCACAGAGGGAAAGACCGCCGGGCCGAGGGCCGAGGGCCGAGGGCCGAGGGCCGGCAUCAGAAACAAACACGUCCGACAAAGAGUCGGACGUCGUUUUUUCUGUCUCAGCGACGGGAGAAAACACAACGAAGAAACAGAGAAUCCAUUUGUUUGUUUUCUUUUUUUGAGAUGAAAAUGUCAACGAUGACAAGAGGAUUCUGGGAUGAAGACGACGUCACGACAAAGAAGCCAUGGACAAGAAACAGACUGAUUACAGACAGGAAGUUCACUGAUUUAAUUAACAAUUUAAAGAUGCAAUCCUAAUCUGAGGAACUGUGACUGGAUAUUUCAGAAUAAAAGAACUUUCUGUUAGACUGUUUUCAGCCCUAAGCCAAUGGGAUUCGAGCAUUUGGUGUCUCAGAACUAUUUUAGUAUUUCCAAAUAAGAAUUUUGAAACGGUGGCAGAGACAUUCAUGUUACCUGAGACCAUCAGUUAUCUUAAACUACAACAGCUGGAGCUUUUGGAAAAUCAAAGGAAGAAAAAUGUAAAGUCAGUCUUGUAUUGUUCCUAUGAUAUGAAGAAAUAUUUGCACUUUUCAUCUUUAUGCAUCUGUUAUUGUGUUAGAAUUAAUGAGGGUGGGAUGCUGGGACUUCAGGUUUCUGUGUAUUAUUUAUUGUUUCUUUCAUAUAUACGUUAUUUUUUUGUUCAAAAGAUUUGUGGAGAAACGCAAAAGGAAAAUUUAAAAGAAAAAUUGCUGAUAAAACAUUUCUUUCUAAAUCAAAACAACUCUGUGAGAAUCCAUUUUAAGAAAAGCACAAAGACAAAAAUGACUUUAGUUAAACAGUUGACACAUUAACAAUCCACCUGUACACACACUUACUACACUGAAGUUCAUUUCUGUCAGGAAAAGAAGGACAUCCAUAAAAAGUUAGGGCGAUAAAAAUACUCUUUGUAAAUCAAAUCUGUGGGAAACUAAAGCAAUGAUCUCUGAAUUUUGACUGAAGAAGUCAUGAAUUAAAAACCCCAAAAUUUAACCUGCUAAUUUUGACUUGAAAUCAGAAUCUUUUUUUUUUUUUUUUUAAUAAUUUUGCUUGAAGUUUGAGUCACUCUCAUAUUUCUGACUUAAAAAGUACAAAUUUUAUCCUCUUAAUCUCGUUAAUUUGGUUUAAUGUCUUAAGAUUUGAAGGAUCCUACUUUCGAUUUUCUGUCACAUAUUUUUAACUUGAAAAUUAUAAUUUUGACCUCGUACACAUGCUGUCAUAGAAAAAACAUGUAACCGACGUUUUUAUUCACGUGGUUUCACAAAAUGUGAAGAAAUUCUUUUAACUUGAAAAUAUAUUUAGAGACUGCAGUGAUGGUUUCUCACUACACAGUCAUGAUAAGCAUCACAUUAAAAGCCUGAUUUGCAUCUUAGCAGCCACUGUUACACACACUGUUAUUAAAGUGUUGAGAAGUCGUUCAGCAGAGGAUCCAUUAGAUAAACCGUUCCCUCAGAUAAAUAUCAUUUCUUCUUAAUGUUUUGUUGAUUUCUUUUUCUCCCUGUGGCGACACUUUUAUUUUCUCAGAAUGUUUUUCCACUGCAGCUCGCUCUGCUGAUAAUCUGGUUUUUAUUAAACUCCUGUGGGUAUCAGUUUAUCCUCCACUGCAUUAUUAUUACAUUAACUCUGGAAUCACUGCAGAUGAUUGGUCUCCUCUGAUAAACACCAGGAGGUUUAUCUAUUUAUUUAUUUAUUCAUGCAAAUGUUUUGUGUAGAGACAAAAUUCAAACGGUGCAGUGGUUACAUAAAGAUUCCUCCGUCUCCCUGCUCGUUAAAGCCUGGGAAAGAAGAGAAAAUCAUAUGAAAACACUACAGAUGAUAAAAAUCCCCAACAUCAAAAUUUACAUUUACUAAGAUGAAGUUAAGUCAGAAUGAUGAGAAUUGAAAUGUUUGUUCUUUACCUGCUGUCUCAUGAUUUUGAUUUAAAAUGAGUAUUUUUAUUUUUACUAAUUACAUUUAAUGUUUUUGUUUUUUUCUUAUCUCAGAACAAAUGAGUGACCAAAACUGUGGAUCACAACAAAACAGCUCGACAGGCGGCUGAGAGCUGUAGUUCUGUUUCAUGCCAACAAACUAAUAUCACAUCAAGGUUUUCAGUUUUUAAAGGUCUGAAGAUACUAAUUUAUCUUAAGAAUAUAAAUAAUACAGUCUGUCACAACAUUAUGACCACCUACCUAAUGUGCUGAUGUUCCUCCAUGGGCCUGGACUCCUCUGAAGGUGCCCUGUGGUAUCUCGCACCAGGACAUUAGCAGCAGAUCCUUUGUCAUGUGACUUAUUAUGAGGUAUUCAGGUAUUCACAUGAUCAUGUUUUGGUUCAUCGGUGCAGAGGCUCGUGGGUCAGGGAAGGCAAAUUUCUCCCCAAGAAUCUGGACGCUCAAAUAAAAGGGCAGAAAAGUAAGAACACUUUCUGCUAUAGGACCUUAUUGGCCUGAGUAUAAGACAAUAUUUUUUUAUAUUCAAGGACUUAGAUAAUCACUUGUUCAUAAAAUCAGAUAUUCUUUUUGAAUGGAGAGAGCACCAGUGUAACACAGAUUGUGUACCGUGUGUCGCUGCCACAGACGAAAUAAAUUCCUGACGAGUGAAAACGAGUUCUUAACAUCUCUUGACGUCUUUACUGCAGAAGAGUCGGUCCAACGGCCAAGAAUCACAGCUGUGACCAAUGAAGAGCUGAAAAAGACUGACUGUGAGAGAAAAUGGCUCUGAUGAGAGAGUGAGAGUCUGACUGAGAGACCAGAGACACUGAUGUGGGUUUUAGUGCGUUUUCACCUCUAUGAGAGAAAAGGCUUCAGUAACGAGGACUCUCUUCUCCUUGGAUUAAUGACAUCUCAGGGAAACUUUCCUAACAGGAUGAGUGUCAAAGUGUUUCCCGUCCUCAAAACUGGAUGUUGGUAAAGGAAGGGUUGUCUUAUAAUCAGGCUCAGGGUCCCUGUAUUUAGGCCAAUAGGAUAAAUGGGGACAGAGUUUUGGACUCUGCUGUGAAUUGUCUGUCCAGAAAAUCACUUUUGACUCAUUCUUAAUUUAGUCAUUUUGGCUCCUAUAAAAUAUUUUGUAAACUUUUUCUAUUUAGGUUUACAUUAAAUACAAUAAUAAUAUUUAGACUAUUAAACCUUUUCGUGUAGCAACUUGUCAAAAUGCUGCAAAGUGCUUCACAUUGGAAAUGAAAACAAAUUAGCACCACAAUUUUAUAUAAACAACAACAAAACAGCAUAAAAAAAUAAAGAGGAUAAAACAGAAAAAAUAUUUUUUUUUUUUUAAAAAAGCAAAACAUUAAAACAUUGGAAGAAAAU